UUUGGCUAAGAUCAAGUGUAGUAUCUGUUCUUAUCAGUUUAAUAUCUGAUAUGUGGGCCAUGUGUCCACUUCGAUAUUAAAUUAAUUUUUUAUGGGGGAGGGUCCGCUACAGUGGCUUGCCACUGGGGCCCUCGCGCGUCGCCCAGCCGUUGCACUGCUGGCAGGGCCUGGCGCACCCCUACCAAUACCAAAUUAAAUUUUGAUCGGUGGAUUGAUAAGUAAUAUUUAAAGUAUAUAAAAUUCAAUUUUAGUAAAAAUAUGUUAAUUGAAUCUGGUUCGCACGAAAAAAUUAGUCUCAUAUCGCAAAGCAGUAAAAUGUUAAAGGUGUGAAACUGAUUCAUUCUGGUGCUUAUGACGCUUGCAAAGCAUUGGCGAGCCACCGCAGCUGGAAAACCCCUAGAAACCCACGGCGCCGCCGGAGCCAUCCCCGUUGCUCUUCUUCCCACAGCGGAAUCAAAUCCCGGUCCGGCGAAGCGGCGCAGGCGGAGGCGACGAUGAGGGCGCGCGCGUCCCACCUCCGCGCGCUCCUCUCGCGGGUGCUCGCUCCCGGCCUCGCCCCUCCACCCGGUCGAGCUAUGCCUCAGAUCACUGGGCCGGGUGCGUCUCGAUUCGGAGCGGCGUUCCUGGGGCGCGCUCGCUUCUCUUCCGCCGACGCCUCGACUGCGGCGCAGGGCGGGUCGAAGCCUCCCGCGGCGGCGGCGGCGGCGACGACGACGGGAGGGGAUGGAGGCGGCGAUGGGCAUUCUGGGAAAUCUGAGCAAGCGGACGCCGGAAAAUCCGUCCGCGGAGGGGUGAGUUAUGGCUUGUUAUCCCAAUCGCCGGUGUCCUGGCUCAGUUUUCUACUGCUGCUCGUGACUGGAGGAGGGAUAAUUGUGUACUACGAUAAAGAAAAGAAGCGUCACAUUGAAGAAAUGAAGAAUAGAACAAGUGCUGUGAAGCCUGGACAAUCAGUAGGCACUGCAGCCAUUGGUGGUCCAUUCAAGCUUCUGAACCAUGAUGGGAAGCCUGUCACUGAAAAGGACUUCUUGGGAAAAUGGACUCUGCUUUAUUUUGGAUUCACACACUGUCCUGACAUUUGUCCAGAUGAGCUCCAGAAAAUGGCUGCAGCGAUUGACAAAAUUAAGGGAAAGGCAAAAUUGGAUAUUGUGCCAGUUUUCAUUACAGUUGAUCCUGAAAGAGAUACCGUUGAGCAGGUUCGGGACUAUGUUAAAGAGUUCCAUCCAGAUCUGGUAGGACUGACGGGCACGACGGAUGAGAUAAGAAAAGUUGCACGUGCUUACCGAGUUUACUAUAUGAAGACAGAGGAGGAGGGUUCUGACUAUCUCGUUGACCACUCAAUUGUCAUGUACUUGAUGAAUCCCAAGAUGGAGUUUGUCAAAUUUUACGGCAAGAACUAUGAUACAGAUUCACUAGCUGACGGUAUCAUUAAAGAAAUUAAAGAGCACAAGUAGUUGAAAUGCCACUCAGCAAUGGCACCCAAGUUUUCUGAAUCUCUCCCAAGAAUUUUGUCCGAGUCAACAAAGACCAACUGACACAUAAGAUCAUCUGGUCGCUAGCUGCUGCGUGUUCAUUUCUGAGGUUUAGGAUUUUUGAAUCUCGAGGCAGUUUAUUGCAGCACAGAUCCAGAAAUACGCAAAUCUGUCAUUUUAUUAUUGCGAGCAUCUGCUUUGACCACACAUACUUAAUUCUGAACUAGAAAGCAUUUGAAAAUUUGUUUAUUGAUUCAA